AUGGAAGGAUUCUACGGUGUUGAAGUGGCGGCUGGAAAGCAGGUGGGCCUCAAAAUCCCCGAGGAGCACGCCCUUCGUCUGACUCAGCUCGCCCUCCCCGCCAACGCAAGUGCCGCGAUUUCUCUGAUAGUUUCCUUCCAAGGGAAGCAGUUCACCAUCGCCACGCUUGACCCCAAGAAGAACGUCUUCCAGAUGAAUACAGACCUCGUCUUUACGGAGCCCACGACGCUGACCGCGACAGGUGCAGGCUGCGUGCACGUGACUGGCUACGUCCAGCCUGUCGGCGAUGAUCUGGACAGCUUCGCCGGCCACGACUUCGAUGACGAUGACGAUGAUGACGAGGAGGAUAUGGUGCCGAAGAAGAGGAACGGCACGGCUGCUGCCCACACCGACGACGAAGAAGAAGAAGAAGAAGAUGAAGAGGGCGACAUGCAUGAUGACGAGGAAGACGACGAGGAGGAUGACGAGGAAGGCGACAUGCAUGAUGACGAGGAAGAUGACGAGGAAGACGACGAGGAGGAUGACGAGGAAGGCGACAUGCAUGAUGACGAGGAAGAUGACGAGGAAGAUGACGAGGAGGACGAGGAGGAAGGAGAGCAGCCAAGAAAGGUGCAGCGCACUGAACAGGGUGGGUUCCGUGGUGGCAACCGUGGCGGUUUCCAUGGUGGUCGCGGUGGUGAUCGUGGCGGCUUCCGUGGUGGUCGCGGUGGUGAUCGUGGCGGCUUCCGUGGUGGUCGCGGUGGUGAUCGUGGCGGCUUCCGUGGUGGUCGCGGCGGUGAUCGUGGCGGCUUCCGUGGUGGUCGUGGCGGUGAUCGUGGCGGCUUCCGUGGUGGUCGUGGCGGUGAUCGUGGCGGCUUCCGUGGCGGUACGCGGUGGUGA